GUUUUUCUUGUUUUCCCAUCCCGUAAGGUGUUUUUGUUAUGUGUUUAUUGUACUUGUUUUGAUUAAAAUUUUUUAACCACUUUGAUUAGACGCAAACGCAACAAUCAAAAAUCCAACCCAAUGUUUUAAUCAAACGACAACAGCAAUUUUGUUGAUUCAUCUUCCCAACACACAAGUACUUGACUCUACCAGUCUCUGAUUUCGUGCGCGAUGGGUUGGUUGUUUAAUCGAACAACAACGACGACGACGUAAUCUAUAUACCUAGAUAAUUAUUUAUUUCCCAUAGCGCAAAAUUAUAUUUUCCUUUGUUUAGUUUUUAAUUGUUGUUAGAAAAUAGUUUGUUUUUUCUAAUAUUUGUCAUCAAAAUGGUUUCCGAUGAGGAACGUUUGGUUGAUGUGGCAGAGUCUGAGGAAGUGACAACACUUGAUCCAUCUGUUGCAAUUGCAACGUCUUCCUCAAUCACAGCCACAGAUCAAAUCCCAGUUGACCAAUUAGAUAGAAGUACAAAAACUCGCUGGUUCAUAUUGGAACCUGCUGUGUUGUUAUUAUUUUUUGCCAUGAGUCUGUCGUCUGCUGUAUAUCAAAAUCAGGUGCUAUAUCAAACUUGUAGAAUAGUUUUUAACUACAAUGAAACAAGUUGUGUUCCAUUAUUAGGAAUUAAGAAGGAAGAUCAAACACCUGAGGCGAAGAAAAUAGAAGAAACUGUUCAAGAAUAUGUGACGAACAUCCUAAUGGCUCAAUCUAUCUUAGAGAGCGUCAUACCAGCAUUUGUAAGCUUCUUCUUAGGACCAUGGUCUGAUAAAUUUGGCCGAAGACCUGUUAUUAUUUUAACUUAUUCUGGAUAUUUACUGGCGUACGUUAUAAUGGGAAUUCUGGCGUUUAUUUCCCAACAUGCAGAAGUUAGCCCAUGGAUUUAUCUCCUGUCUUCCCUUCCAUCAGUUUUCUUUGGAGGAACUUGUGCCUUAAUUACAGUAAUAUACUGUUACAUAUCUGACGUUGCUGUAUCAAAAGCCAGAGAUCUUCGAAUGGUACUUAAUGAAGCUUCAAUUUUAAUUGGAUUAACAGCUGGUUCUGUUGCAAGUAGCUUCAUAUAUGAAGCAACUAAUGUUAUGACAAUUUUUGUCUUAAGUUGUGUAUUUAUGCUCAUUGCACUGUUGUACGUUGUAUUUUUUGUUCCCGAAAGUCUACGACCAGAUCAAAUUUGUACUGGGUCGAAAAUACGAGAGUUCUUCCGAUGGGAUUUGGCCAUGGAUCUAUUUAAGACUUGUUGCCAACGUAGACCGAAAUAUGAUCGUGCAAUUAUUUGGCUCAUUAUGAUGGCACUUACUUUAUCUAUUGCAACUAUGCAGGGUGAUGGAUCGGUAACGUAUCUUUUUGUAAGAGAACGUUUCCAAUGGACACUGGAAGAUUAUAGCCUGUUUAAUGCAGCUAGAAUUGUUAUUCAAAUUGGAGGCAGUGUUUUGGGAAUGCUCAUACUACGAAAAUAUCUUGGUUUUUCAAUAGUUGCAAUGGGAUUAAUUGCAAUAGGUUGUAGUGUCUUAGAGUCAACAGUACGUGCCACUGCCGUUUAUUCAUGGGAAAUGUAUUUAGGAACUGUUUUGGGAUCUCUUAGAGGUGUCGUCGGUCCAAUGUGUCGGGCUAUUUUAUCUCAUGUUACUCCAGCUGCUGAUCUAGGAAAAGUUUUUGCAUUAACGACUUCUUUGGAAUCGAUCUCUCCUAUUGCUUCGGGACCAUUAUAUAAUCUUGUAUACAAGGCAACUUUAGAAACCAAUCCUGGAGCAUUUAAUUAUAUAAGUAGUGGAAUUUAUUUAAUCUGUUAUGUUUUAAUGGCAAUUGUUUAUGGAAUUCAAAAAUCAUUUGCUAAUUCAUCCUACAAGGAAAUCGGUAGUUAGUUGAUUGUAAACUAAAGUGCAGUUACUUUUGAAUGAAUAUUUAUUUUUUAUUCAACUUUUACAAAAACACAAUAGCCUUGAAGGCAGUGAUAUUUGCAGUAAAUUUUUAUUAAAAAAAAAAACAAAAGUAUUAAGUGAAAAA